CCCAGCAGCCUCCAGCGCAAGAUGGCGGCGUGAGGCUCUCCGUAGUUUCCUGUGUGAGGGAACACGAGGGACUGUGUGCCGCCGUGUUCCAGGUAACUCGGCGAGCCUUUCGGGCUUGUGCGGAUGUGCCGCCGUCCCAGGUCGGCUCGAGCCUCAGCCUCGGCGUCCCGUGGAGUUCCGCGUUGAGUCCGCGAGAAGGCAGAAGCGGAGCCCCGGCGGGUGCAAUGGCCGCGGUGGUGGCCAAACGGGAAGGGCCGCCGUUCAUCAGCGAGGCAGCCGUGCGAGGCAACGCCGCGGUCCUCGAUUACUGCCGGACCUCAGUGUCAGCGCUGUCGGGGGCCACAGCCGGCAUCCUCGGCCUCACCGGCCUCUACGGCUUCAUCUUCUACCUGCUCGCGUCCGUCCUGCUCUCUCUGCUCCUGAUUCUCAAAGCGGGAAGGCGGUGGAACAAGUAUUUUAAGUCAAGAAGACCUCUCUUUACAGGAGGCCUCAUCGGAGGCCUCUUCACCUACGUCCUCUUCUGGACCUUCCUCUAUGGCAUGGUGCACGUCUACUGAAAUGAAGGCAAGGGUGACUUUAAAAAAAAAAGGAAGAUUGGCAGGACUCUUGCCAGCAAUUAACACCGUGUAGACUUAUUUAGUUUUUAAAUUGUUUGAAUUCGCUGCUUGUUCUGUACUGUUAUAAUUUAUAUCUGAAGACAGCCUGUAAUAUUCUUCAGAUUAAAUGAAGUGUGACACCUUGUCGUCGAGUUCUUUCCUGCCUUGAUGUUUACCCACACUUUGAAGUCGCCAAGAUUUGCUCCCUGGAGAGCAGGCACUAGGCCAUAGCCUGUAAUUUUCUUGGAUUUGCACCUAGUAGAUCCAGAGGGACCUCUAGGGCUUACAGGAGAGAACAUAACGUUAACAUCUUAAAGACUGUUGGCAGUUCGUGUUAUUAAGCGUUCUCUAUGUGUGGGCAUUAUACUGUGUACUUCCUGCACGGGCUAUGUUUUAAUCCUAGCAAUAACUCUGUGGAGAUGUUGCUGUUAAAUUCCUGUUGAUGCAGAACCUGAGGCUCAGAGAGGUUAGAUGUCUCUGCCUGUGGUGGCUCAUCUGGGAAGAGGCAGAGCCAUAAUCCAGUUACAAGUCUGUUUGCUUGUACCGUAUUGGGUGAAAGUAUCGUUCUAGCGUCUCUUCCCACUAACCACUGCUUUCGGGUAUGAAAUGAAAUCAGUUAAGUUCAGUUACCUGGUUGUGUCUAGUUAUCUUUCUUAUCAGAAAAAAAAUGCAAGCUAUUUUUUUCUAAAAUGUGUCCUACGGCAAUUAAAUAGGUUAUUUGGACAUUUAAUCAAAUGAAUCUGUUGCAAGUGUAAUGCCUCUGAGUAUAUGUUCAUUCGUAACCCUUCCUUUUGAAGGAAAAUUUUAGAAUGAAAUACAUGUU